AUGGAUUUUGAUAACUUUACUUUGGUGUCUAAUGAAGUAGUCGAGUUUCAAUCGACAUGGAAAAUUGGGGAGAAACUUCCGCUAACCGACUCGUGCGUCGGUACAGAUCCGCCGGCAAAGAAAAUCGAUGCCGAAACGUUGGUUGCCGAGCGCAAGGACAUCGCGGUCCAGACGGAAGAAUCACCUCGUCAUACAGGGGUCGUCACAGUUGACAACGAAAAACUUUCUGGCUGGCUGCGAAAGAUUUACCCUUUGGUCGAAGAGGAGCUAUCCAGUGGUAUCACUGAAGUUUUCGAUGAUAAUAGCAAUGAUUUGGAUGAGGAACGACUCGUUGUACGAAAACACCAAGAUCUAACAGUAAAACAACUUCAGUUAGAAACAGAUAACGUGCGUAAGCUUAAUAUGGGAGCGGCAACAUGGCUUUCGGUUUUGACACGGAAUGCUCCGCUUUUAGUAGUAUCCUGUAGUUCCCAUCAUGAAGCUUGGUGUGAGCAUACAUUUUCUACGAUCUCUGUGUUUAUUCCAAAACGAAACUCGUAUGAUUCGGUUCAGUGGUCUGAGUUAUGCAGCCUUCCAGUUAAAGCAUGCGUAGAGUCUCUGGAAACAAACCCAUUCAAUAAAGAUAUGUUCGCUGGAGGAACUGUUUCAGGAGAUUUGUAUAUUUGGAAUUAUGAGAUGAAUCUGAAACAUGAACAGAACUCCUUGUCGGAGCUAUUUUCAGAAACCACCGAUAGGGGUCAAAUCGUCGACAUGGCGUGGAUUAAACCAAAUCCAAUGACUAAAGACUAUGGAUUACUCACAUGUCAUAGUGAUGGAAUUGUCAUCCUGUGGAAAAUAGGCAAACACAUUUCAAAAGACAAAACGUUCGAAAUGGUUUCACCUUCACCAUCGCGGAAAACGCUUAUCCUGACUCAGAUCUUGGCGAUCUCCAACUCUGAGUUCGUCCUAGGAACGGUGGAUGGCAGCAUCCUGCUGUGCUCAAUGACUCAAUUGAUACCGAUGGGAGGAACCUCCAGUUCACACAGCAAAAAGAACUGCUUUGCGCCCGCUGUAACCGAACUCAAGUCUCACUCAUUCGCUGUAUCUUCUUUGCAAAAAAUAGAGAGUUCAAAUCAGCAGUUUCUCGUCAGCUGCGAUAUGACCGGGGAAGUUUUCUUUCACAAUAUAUCGGAUACGAUAAAUAGUAAUCCAACACUGAUCAUCAAAAUGCCUCUUCCGUUCAAAAAUCGCAUCUUUUGUACAAAUGAUAUGCGUUUUAUUCUGAGUCCUCGAAACAAUGGUGGUUUGGAAGUUUACAAAAUUGAUGCUGGAACGCAGGAGAUUUUCGAAGCCGGUGGAUUAGAGGGAAAACCAAGUUUAAUUAAAGUUAGCUCAAAUGGCAAAUGGAUAAUAACAGGUCCUUAUGAUGGAGGAUUCACUAUUUAUACUAUAGAAGACGAUAUUUAA